UGCCAGAGAACUUUACUGGUUGCAACUCUGUCACUGAUGACAUAACAUGAACUCUUGCAUAUCAGUGCGUUGCUAUGUCAGGUUAUAGCUGUUGGGAUUUAACAAAACGCUUUGGAUACGACAUAAGAAAAGAAUUGUAAACGCUUACUGACCUGCGUAAGAAACAUAUUUGACGAUUUUUGAAGUUUUUGAUUUAUAACUUCUCGGUCACCCAGAGAGUAGGUAGAUACAUUUUGAUUUCGCUUGUACUUUGGAUGUACAAUGUGACUUUUUGUCUUACUGUGAAAUGUGUGUGCUGUUUUAUUGUCAUUUUGACAUCUUCAAGAAUCAAGUAUCGAGGAAGAAAACAGGUGUUUGUGGAAGAAAGAAAAUUGCUCAUCUGGUAUAUGGCAUUUGAACUUUACUGGGAACAGUCAUACACAAGAAGAUACAAGGACUGACUGAAUUACUGGAAUCUGUUAUAUAACGAAGUGUCAAAUACUAACGACGUGACGUAGAUAAAAUGACUAGUUAAUUAUUACAAAUCCAGAGACAUAAACGGGCAUAAGUCAUCGUCAUCUACGCAGAGAAAUUAUUAUUGGGUCGCGUGAGACGUUAGCGUUGUGCUACCCGUGUAAGCCGCGAAUUCAUUCUGACAACGUUGGAUCAUCGGUAAUCAUGGCAGGACACGGAUCUCUGAUCGCUCUGAUCUGUUUCUGUGGAGUCACAGUAAAGAUCACAGCAAGCGCAGUUUGCCCGUUGGGAUUUUAUGGCAGUAAUUGUACCCAGAGCUGUGGCCUCUACUGCCAGUCGGGCUGUGAGCGGACCACGGGCCAGUGUUUCUCCUGUGUACUUGGACGCACAGGUGUAAACUGUGAAAAAGAGUGCAGCAAAUUUCGAUACGGCCAUAACUGUAUACAUGCCUGCGGCCAUUGCGCCUUGGAUGAGCCAUGUGAUGCCGCCAGGGGGCUCUGUCACAACGGAUGUGUGGCUGGUUGGACCGGGCCUAAAUGCGACAAAGUUUGCCCGAAGUACAAGUAUGGGGUGAACUGUGAAGAGGACUGUGGGAGGUGUAAAGGCGGUAAGCCCUGUAACCAGGCCACCGGUGGGUGUGUAGGCGGAUGUGACCCGGGCUACCAUGGCCAGAAGUGUGAUCAAGAAUGUCCUGAAGGAAAGUAUGGAGUGGAUUGUAUGUUAUCAUGCAAAAACUGUGAUGAUGUCAUCAGUCAGAAUGACACGUGCGAUCACGUGACCGGCAAAUGCAUUCUGGGGUGCCUGCCCGGUUGGCGAGGGCUAAAAUGCGAACAGACUUGUGCAACUGGCUUCUUUGGUACCGGAUGCGCCACGAAGUGUGGGAAUUGCAAGAAUGGCAGCUGUGAUCACGUGACUGGAGAAUGUCCUCACGGUUGUGCACCGGGCUGGAUGGGUGCCAAGUGCAAAAUACAGUGCGAUCGUGGUACGUACGGGGUGAACUGUAGCCAUUCGUGCGGUCACUGUGUCGAGGGGACGUCAUGUGAGCAGAUCAACGGAGUCUGUCUACAGGGAUGCGCUGCAGGCUGGUAUGGAGUCUUUUGUGAUAAAGAAUGUCAGGAGGACUAUUAUGGUGAGGGAUGCCAGCACCGGUGUGGGAACUGUGAGUACGGAACCACGUGUGAUCGUCGGACAGGGCUGUGUCCCGGGGGGUGCCGGGAAGGCUGGGUGUCAGAGUACUGCAGCGAGAGGGAGCUGGAUCCGCAGCAGUCAGUGGUUACGGUGCGGACUCCGGUCAACGUGGUCAGAUCUGAUUCAAAUCCGAGUUUUGUGAUUCCCCUCCUGACAGUCGCUGUUCUUGUAUUGGUCGCUGGGUUGGUAACCAUAGCAAUUUACCAUCUACACGUGCGGCCAUUACGCAACAGAAAAAUCCGAGACCCGAUGGUGUUGUGCGACUCUGGAAAUUCUCAGUCGACAGUGGACGAAGCUCCGCAUGUGUACGAACCACUUCACAACAUUCUGUGGGAACUUGACAGAUCCCGAUUUAAAAUCACGCGCGAGAUGCUCGGCAAUGGGCAGUUCGGCAAAGUCCGGAAAGGAUACGUCAUCAAAGAAGGGAAAAAAGUUCAAGUUGCUGUGAAAUCUCUGAGAGAAAAUGCUUCACAGAAAGAUAAAGACGACUUUAUGAAUGAGCUGAAGAUAUUGAAAUCGAUUGGUUGUCACCCAAACGUCAUCUGUUUGGUCGGUUAUUGUCACGUGGGCGAGACCCUUUAUGUCUCCCUGGAAUUUGCCUCCAAUGGUGACUUAAGAACCUUCCUGAGAAAAAGCCGGUCGAGCGGCCCUACUACCUACAGCAAUCUGGCAUCAGUUACCUCCCUUACCCAGACCAAGCUUCUGGGAUUUGGACUGGACGCCGCCAGGGGGCUGAAGCAUUUGGGCUUUAAGCAGAUUAUUCACCGGGAUGUUGCCGCCAGAAACAUCCUUCUUGAUAACUACCUGACGGCGAAAGUGGCGGAUUUUGGGUUGUCAAAGAAUGACGACACUUACAUCAAGUCUACGAACACUCGAGUUCCGGUCCGCUGGAUGGCGCUGGAGUCUCUCUUCCGGAGCACGUAUACCCCACAGAGUGACGUGUGGGCGUUUGGUGUGUUACUGUGGGAGGUGGCCACAUUGGGUGGAACCCCGUACGCGGAUAUAGAGUCAAAACAGUUGUAUGACAUGUUACUAGAUGGUUACAGACUACCCAAACCACCCGGAUGUGACAACGCGCUGUACGAGUUGAUGUACCAGUGCUGGAUGGAGGUACCAGAAGACAGACCUACCUUCUCAGAGCUAUGUACGCGGCUUGAACAAAUGAUGGAGGAUCGGCAGGUGUAUAUGAAUCUUCAUCGGGAAGACGACUACCGAUUUGCUGAGAUUGAAAUGGAAAAGGAUGAUAACUGAACGACGAGGAAAGCCACCAGUGGGUCUGAUCGCCUUGUUCACUGUGAACCAAUUCACUGGUAAUGUUAAUGUUAAUGGAUGUGACCAGCGCCAGCAAGGUCAUCAGUGUUUUCGAAUUAAACAAUGCGUCAGGCUAUUCAUAUUUCAUGACAUUGUGGUCGAAGACGUUUUCAACGACAGAUAAUAAAUACUGACAGAUAACAGACACUCGGAGUAAACUGGGACAUAAACACACGGGCUUAUCUGUGCGCCUGGAGUAAGCUCUGACAUAAAUAAACGGGGCUUAUCUGGACACUUGAAGUAAGCUUUGGCAUAAACACACGGGCUUAUCUGGACACUUGGAGUAAGCUGUGUAAAUACACGGGCUUAUCUGUGCACUUGGAGUAAGCUGUGACAUAAAUAAGCUUAUCUGGACACUUGGAGUAAGCUGUGACAUAAAUACACGGGCUUAUCUGGACACUUGGAUUAAGCUGUGACAUAAAUACAUGGGCUUAUCUGGACACUUGGAAUAAACUGUGACAUAAAUAAAAGGCCUGAUCUGCACUCUUGGAGUAAGCUGUGACAUAACUACACGGGCUUAUCUGGACACUUGGAUUAAGCUGUGACAUAAAUAAACGGGCUUAUCUGGACACUUGGAAUAAACUGUGACAUAAAUAAAAGGCCUGAUCUGCACUCUUGGAGUAAGCUGUGACAUAACUACACGGGCUUAUCUGGACACUUGGAGUAAGCUGUGACAUAAACACACGGGCUUAUCUGGACACUUGGAGUAAGCUGUGACAUAAAUACACGGGCUUAUCUGGACACUUGAAGUAAGCUUUGGCAUAAACACACGGGCUUAUCUGGACACUUGGAGUAAGCUGUGACAUAAAUACACGGGCUUAUCUGGACACUCGGAGUAAGCUGAGGCAUAAAUACACGGGCUUAUCUGGAUACUUGGAGUAAGCAGUGACAUAAAUACACAGGCUUAUCAGGACACUUGGAGUAAGCUGUGACUUAAACACACGGGCUUAUCUGGACACUUGGAGUAAGCUGUGACAUAAAUACACGGGCUUAUCUGGACACUUGAAGUAAGCUUUGGCAUAAACACACGGGCUUAUCUGGACACUUGGAGUAAGCUGUGACAUAAAUACACGGGCUUAUCUGGACACUCGGAGUAAGCUGAGGCAUAAAUACACGGGCUUAUCUGGAUACUUGGAGUAAGCAGUGACAUAAAUACACAGGCUUAUCAGGACACUUGGAGUAAGCUGUGACAUAAAUACAUGGGCUUAUCUGGACACUUGGAGUAAGCUGUGACGUAAAUACACGGGCUUAUCUUGACACUCGGAGUAAGUUGUGGCAUUAAUACACGGACUUAUCUGGACACUAGGAGUAAGUUGUGACAUAACUACACGGGCUUAUCGGGACACUCAAGAACCAUCAGCGCAAUACAGGCAAUACAACAUGCCAAUGCACUGGAUCAUCACAGGCAAAACUUUUGUUCUUGUUGUAUCACGCCAAUGCACUGGACCAUCACAGGCAGAACUUUUGUCCCUGUUGUAGCACGCCAAUGCACUGGACCAUCACAGGCAAAACUUUUGUUCUUGUUGUAUCACGCCAAUGCACUGGGCCAUCACAGGCAAAACUUUUGUCCCUGUUGUAUCACGCCAAUGCACUGGACCAUCACACACAAAACUUUUGUCCUUGUUGUAGUACACCAAUGCACUGGACCAUC